AUGGAGAAGGAAAAGAUUCCCAAGAGCGUGGAGGGAAGAAAGGGAGAAAAAGCUGAGAAGGUCGCGAAACUAUACGCGGUUUUCAGAAAUGAAACGCGCGUUCCAUUCGGUGGAUGGAGGGUUGUUGUGGAAGGGAACGGGAGAGAUUGUAAAAACUAUAUCCGAGACGAAACCGAGUUUCGUUGUGGCCGUACGAGCACAGUUGAUGCUGAACGAUCUGGGCGCCCAAAAGAGGUCACUACACCAGAAAAUGUCGAAAAAAUCCAUGAUAUGAUGUUGAAUGAUCCCAAAGUGAAAUUGAGAGAGGUAGCUAAUGCUGUAGGCAUAUCCUUGGAACGUGUGGGCAAUAUCGUGCAUUCAGUUUUGGGCAUGAAGAAGCUCUGCGUGCGAUGGGUGCCGCGGUUGCUCACAGUGGACCAAAAACGAAUUCUUCCACAAGCAAAAUUGCAUGAAAUCGGCUUCGAAUUGGUUCCUCAGCCACCGUAUUCACCAGACCUGACCCCCAGCGACUAUUACUUGUUCCUUAACCUGAAGAGAUGGCUCACGGGUAAGCGUUUUUACUCAAAUGAGGAGCACAUAGCUGAAACUGAGGCGUAUUUUGGAGACCUUCCGAUCGAGUACUUUUCGGACGGUAUCAAAAAGUUAGAAAAUCGUUGGACUCGCUGUAUCGACCUAAAAGGAGAGUAUGUUGAAAAAUAA